AUGACGUGGAGCAGGAGGUCGAUCCAGAUCCACAAACCUCACUUCCUGGCUCUGCACUGUCAGGAAGUGGGAGGAAAGAAGUGUGGGAUGGCCAACGUGGACAGUUUUGUGACGGAGCUGCUGUCCAGUGAGGCCCUGAAGGAGUUCAGCGCAGCACGCGUCUACCUCGACAAGAACUACAUGUCCCAGGAACACUUUACUGUGAGUACUCUGCUCAAAUACUCCAGUACUCUCUGCUCACUACUGAAGACGGAAGACGGAUGGACGGAUGGGGAGGAUAACGUGUCAAUCAAUGUGUGUAGAGUGGACAUGAUGUGGAGACGCUUCACUCACGGCCACGGCUUUAACCAGGGGUGUCCAAACUUUUGA